UUGGAUGUAGUACUUCUAAAAAAAAACUUAUGGCUGUUAGCAAUUUGCCAUCUAAAAAUUAAUAUUUUGGUUGUGGAUAUUUGAAACAUACAUGUUGGCUGAAACUUGUCGACUCUCUUAGGAGCACUGUGAGUGGCUUUGUGCCCCUUCCACCGAAAUAUGGUUGUUAGUUCGUGCUAGUAUAAAAAAAAUUAUUCUGUUAAGUGAACAUGGAAAUUCAAGUAUUUAGAAAGGAACUCGGAAACCUGUUUGCCCCCCUCUAGUUUGUAGGCACUUUCAAUUCAAUUGCGACUUUAUUUUUAAUAACCACCUGAUCCGAGAACCAACAUUUUAUGCAUGUGCGUAUUUAUGUAAAACGUGAAAAUUAAACUGAAUUAAAUAAACACGGCUUUAAGUCAUUUAAUUAAAAUAUUUUUUUUAAAAAUUAUGUUUGAAACAUUUUUGGUUUUAGUGUUAUUUUUAGUUCUUUCACCCUUUUUAGAACCAUGUGAUGUGUCCGCCAGGUUCAAAAUUUAUUUUGGGAAUUCUCGAAUGCAAAUAACUUUAAAAUUUUAUUUUUUCCGACGUUACUGAUCUUAACUAUUAGCAAAAAAAAAAAAAAAAUGUUGUUUAAGUAUCCUGCAACUUUUUAUUUUUUGAAAUGUCCUAAAUUUCCAUACUUUACCGCAUAGUUCAUGGUCCCCAAAGGGUUAAAGUUAAAGUGACUCUUCUCUUGAUUCAAAUAAAAAAAAAAACAGUUCCCCAGUCUGACAUGCAAAAGCACAGCUAUCAAUGAAGCCGAUAUAUUUGUGAAAAAAAGUAUCAGAUGCGAAAUAAAUAGGUCAAUAAAAAAUGACACCUGACUGGGACGCCCGUUUCUCUGUCAGGUGUAGAAAGAAAAAAAAAAAAAAGCCUAAACCAGAACGGGGAAAAAAGAACAUGACAUUGCCAUCGAAGAGGAAGGGGGAGGAGAGGAGGAGCAAAAACUACGCGUGAUCAAACGUAAGAAGGAAAAAGGAGAGACAAAAAAAGGACGGAUGACCAUGAAAAAAGUGGAAAGAAAAAAAGAGGAGGAAAAAAAUCGAGCGGAGCGUGUGUGCCGGCUAAAGAGAAUGCAGAUGAAGAGUGGAACGAUGCCCGUUAAGUCGUCGCGCGAAUGAAUGUGUGUGUUGUAUGUGCGCGCGGGGGGCGGGGAGAGAGCGGCGCGAGUCACGUGAUUAACCCUUUGAUGCUGCGCGGAAAUUGGUGUGCUCCAGCAAAGUAAUUAACGGUCGAAAGCGCGAGUGUGUGUGUGUGUGAGUGCGUGCGUGCUCCUUACCUCUCUCUCUCUCGGCCGAAACAGAAGGGAGAGCGCGGAGAAAGAGAAGAAAAGCAGAGAGGACCGCACACACACACCCCGAUGCGCCAUGACACUUCUUCCGUAGCCCCGAUUCCGGCCGACGACCACAAGAUGCAACCGCGAUCGGCGCUCGGCUGCUCCAUCUCCGUCAUAUCGCUCCAGAAACUCAAAACUUUCCUCGAACAGCCCAAGUACCGACCCCCGCUGCAGCAACCGCCGCCGCACCAGCAGCAGCAACAGCAGCAGCCGCAGCCGCAGCCGCUCGGCACCAACAACAGCUUCCACUAUCCGCCGCCUUUGCCGCCGUUGCCUCCCCCGCCGCCGCCGCCCCAGCAGCACCAUCAGCAACAUCAACAACAGCAAUAUCAACAACACCAUCACCAUGAUUCUCGGAACAUCGAGGAGAACCUCCAGGGGAGCGUCGACUCUUCCCAGAUCCCCAACCUCUUCGGCAACCAUGGCAACGCCAACAACGCCAACACGAAUUCUAACGGCAACGCUAACAACCGGGUCACCAAUCAUAGUGGGCCGCAGAUGCCGACCCUACAGGUGCCUAAGAAGAGCAUGCUGUCGCAGCUGGGGCCCCCUCAAGACGCGCAGGGUGUGCCCCUGGGCCCCAUGCCCACCAAGAUGUCGCCCCAACAUCAGAACCCGAACGAUAUGAAUCCUAGUGCCAACGGCAGCAGCGGGAAGAAAUAUCAGUGCAAGAUGUGCCCGCAGAUCUUUGGGUCCAAGGCAGACCUGCAGCUACACACUCAGAUUCACAUGCGCAAUGCCAAACCCUACAAGUGCUCUCAGUGCUCGAAGACGUUUGCCAACUCCUCAUACCUGUCCCAGCACACCAGGAUCCACCUGGGAAUCAAGCCCUACCGCUGCGAGAUCUGCCACCGCAAGUUCACGCAGCUGUCGCACCUCCAGCAGCACAUCCGGACGCACACCGGCGACAAGCCGUACAAGUGUCGCUACCCCAACUGCAACAAGGCCUUCUCGCAGCUCUCCAACCUGCAGUCCCACUCCAGAUGCCACCAGACCGAUAAGCCCUACAAGUGCAACAGCUGCUACAAGUGCUUCACCGAGGAGUCGGCGCUCCUCGAACACAUCCCCAAGCACAAGGAGUCCAAGCACCUCAAGACGCACAUCUGCCAGUUCUGCGGCAAGUCCUACACCCAAGAAACCUACCUCGCGAAGCACAUGCAGAAACACGCCGACCGGAUGGACAAGCACCACAGUAUGAUGUCAGCCAUGCUGGGGGGUCCAAUCCAGCCCUUCCAGCCGGAGGUUCUCUGGCAGAAGGCCAUCCACCAGGCAAAGGCCGCCGAGGCCGCGGGAAUGGACCCCGAGUCCGCAGGGUCCUCCGUGGCCGCGAUGGCCGCCGUGGCUAUAGCCUCCUCGCAGAGACUCAUGGACCCCUCUAGACUGGACAACAGUGAGCAGGAGAACCGCAUGAACAACAGCAAUAACAAUACCUGCAACGACCACAAUGACCUCAUGCCUACUAGUCAGGGACUGUACGACGCGCAGCCCUCCAUGGUCAUGACCAGCAGUGGGGGCGGAAAGUCGUCUUCGGCCUUCACUCCCAUCCAGACAGGGUUGCUGCCUAUCAGCCCCGGUGGGGGCGGAGGAAGGACACCCUACUUCCCUUAUGCCGAAUCCAUCAACUUCAAGAACUCACACUCGCCGGACGUCAAGUCCAUGCACGGACCAUCCUUUCCCAACCAACUCAUUUCGCUGAAACAGAUCCGGAGCUACGCGUCCAUGCCGGGCAUGUCGGGGGUUGACCACCCCAUCAGUCUGAAGGGAAAAGGUGGUGGACCCAACUGACCCUUUUCUUUGACUGA